GGCGGGCAGUGGCUGCUCGGGGCCUCCUUUGCGCGCAGCGGGGUCGCUCCGCGCCCCUCCGCUCCCCUCCGCGCCCCUCCGCGCCCGCCAUGGCCGCUCCCCGCCCGGCGCGCGGCUGCGGCAGCGGCGCGUUGCUGGGCCGCUUCGGCGUGUUGCUGCAGGCGCUGCUGGCCCUCUGCGCCUUCAGCACCCUCAUGCUAAAAAGAUUUAAGGAACCAAAGGAAGAGAGGCGUCCCUGGAGGAUAUGGUUUUAUGAUACCUCCAAGCAAGCAAUAGGUGCCCUCUUCAUCCACUUUGCCAAUAUUUUUCUGUCAGAUCUCACUGAAGAGGACCCUUGCUCUCUCUACCUUAUUAAUUUCAUCCUUGAUGCCACGCUGGGGAUGCUGCUGAUCUGGCUUGGCGUGAAAGUUGUCUCCUGGAUUGUGCAGCGUAAGAAGUGCACGUACCUGGUCUUUGGAGAAUAUGGUGAUCCUCCACAAGCUGCUGCUUGGAUUGGCCAGUGUAUCCUCUACUUGCUAAUAAUGGUUUUUGAGAAGACUGUGAUUAGCCUUGUCCUGCUUAUCCCUGGUUGGACAAAGCUUCAGCAGAUCCUCCUGGGUUACAUCCCAAACCCCCAGCUGGAGCUUGUCUUGGUCAUGCUUGUUGUGCCUUUUAUAGUCAAUGCCAUUAUGUUCUGGGUUGUGGACAGCUUGAUCAUGAGGAAAUACAAGCAGAAGGACACACUGGACAUCAAUGGAUCCAUAGAAGCUCCUCGGAGUAAGAGGACUGAGGAAUCUCAGGUAUUACUCUCUCCAGACAUGGAUUUUGAUCAGUCUGAAAGCGACCAGGAUAUUUCAGGACUCCAGGGAACGAACCAGAAGAUGAAACAGCCCAGCUAUCAAGUGGUCAUCUGACAACACUGAGACAAGGGAGGUGGAGGAAGGGAAGUAGCACUGUGAUCCUUGAGCUGGCCAAGGAAGGGCAGGGUGGGGAACUCCAGUGGAUCCCUGUGAAUCUGCAGGGAUCCUUUUGCCUGCCUCAUCUAGACCUGUCCUUCUGCAUUUGUCUCUUUGGGAUGGUGUCUGUGCAUCCUAUGUGGGCUUGAGCAGUAUCUGCUCUACCUGUCUGACCCUAACCUGCACACAUGCAGGCACGUUGAGGUUACGGGUAUGGAUAUGUGCUUCCCCUGGCUGGCCAGCUGGGUGUAACUUUGUCAGGGCUAGAGGAUGAAAUCGAAAGAUUGUCUGCUUUCUUUUUUUAUAGAAAA